AUGAUGGAACUACAUCCAAGUGACCGUCCACCCGAUGGAGAAACUGAUGUUGUCUACAGCAGAUGCAAUGGUAGCGAAGCUGAAGACACAUCCUGUGCUGUCUGUGGUGUUCCGAUAAUUAUAACCCCAGGCCAGCUGCGCACUAAGAAGUACAAAAGAUAUGAAUGGUGGGAUCCAUGUGCAAUUCAUGCUGAGGGAUACCAUUAUGAGGCACCAGAACGUUAUAGUAGUUUAGAAGCUCAUGACCUGCCAGUAGAAAUAUAUGGCUUUGAUGAUAUCGAAAUCGAAUAUGUCCAUCGCGGCCGGAAUUCUCAAAAGAGGCUGCUGAAUGUUGGCCUAGAGGAAUACCCCUAUAUUGGACUACAUCGGAAAUGUCUGGAUAUGAUGCAACGGCUAGUUAGCUACCGGAAAGCUCUCGCUAGCCAGGGAGUAGCAGUGACCGACCCUAGAAGUCUUAGCCAGAUUUAUGAAGUUUUGGAAUACCGAAUAACCAGGCCUGGCAUACAACGGGCCCAGGGAGUCGAAUCCAGCCUUAGCUCUAUCACCACCCGCCAGGUAAUCGAACCGCAUGACUACUACUUUCGAGUGAUGGAUGUUCCCGGUAACGUCCAAUGGCCUAUUGGUCGCCCAGAUGUCUUUGAAUAUGAAGUUGACCCGUUCCCUAUACCGGGACUCACUGAUCAAAUCCUAGCUUACCUUGAGCCUCUUCCGGAGCAUCGGCGCGGCUGUGAUGAACCAUCUACACAGCUCUUGAAACUGCCGGUAGAGAUAGUAGAGGAAAUAUACCUCCAUCUCCAUCCAUUUGUCGAUCCUGGGCGGGCGUGUACCUACUACCUGCCAUCAGACACCUGGAGAGACUUUCUAUUCUAUCGACAGCUCCUCCCAUGGCUCUGGGAUCUAGAUGUAGCUGUUCUCAGAGACCGAUCGUUGCAGCCCGACGAUGGAAGUCAGCCCUUGUACGACGCGGAGAACUACUGGAACUGGGAACAGCUCGUCCGGAUGCUUGCACAGACAGAGAUAUUUGAGCCCGGCAAUGAUAUGAGUAAGGCACCUCUACGGCUGCGGAAUAGGAGAAGAAUCUGGAGAUUAUUAGACGAAGCGCGGCUCAGAGACGUGGACGAUUGGCUUGACAAUACCCAGGUAGAGCAGUAG